CCCUAGUUUGCUAUGAUGAGCUUCAACCUGAGCAGCUACAACCCAGGACUCUUCACUCUGGUGGGGAUCCCAGGCCUGGAACAAUUCCAUGUGUGGAUUGGGAUUCCUUUCAGUGUCAUCUACACUGUAGCUGUUAUGGGAAACAUCAUCCUUCUUUACCUUAUUACAGUGGAGCGGAGCCUUCAUGAACCCAUGUUCAUCUUUCUUGCCAUGCUAGCCAUGACUGACCUCAUGUUGUCCACAGUUGGUGUGCCUAAAGCACUCAGCAUUUUUUGGCUCGGGGCUCGAGAAAUCACAUUCACAGGGUGCCUUACACAAAUGUUCUUUCUGCACUAUAGCUUUGUUUUGGAUUCAGCCAUCCUGAUGGCCAUGGCAUUUGAUCGCUAUGUGGCCAUCUGUUUCCCCUUGAGAUAUACCACCAUUUUGACGCCCAAAACCAUACUCAAGAUUGCUGUUUGUAUUUGCUUCCGAAGUUUCUGUAUUAUUCUGCCCGAUGUAUUUUUAUUGACACGCUUGCCUUUCUGCAGGACACGCAUCAUACCCCACACAUACUGUGAGCACAUAGGUGUUGCGCGGCUCGCUUGUGCCGAUAUCUCCAUCAACAUCUGGUAUGGCUUUUGUGUUCCCCUCAUGACAGUCUUCUCAGAUGUGAUUCUCAUAGUUGUCUCCUACAUUCUCAUCCUCUGUGCCGUCUUUCGUCUGCCCUCCCGAGAUGCCCGUCAGAAGGCCCUUGGUACUUGUGGUUCCCAUGUCUGUGUCAUCCUCAUGUUCUAUACACCUGCAUUUUUCUCCAUCCUUGCCCAUCGCUUUGGACACAAUGUCUCUCGUACUUUCCACAUCAUGUUUGCCAACCUCUACAUUGUUAUCCCACCUGCACUCAACCCCAUUGUCUAUGGAGUAAAGACCAAACAGAUCAGAGAUAAGGUCAUUAUGUUGUUUUCUACCAAGGAGAGAGCUUGA